AUGUUGAGCACAGUAAAGACCGUAAUCGUAACUGAACCUUCAAUUCCCACAGUUGCAUCUUCAUCAGUCCUGCAUCGGCUUCCACCAUUGCCGUCGUGGACUGAACUGCCAGAUGAUUUGACGGCGAAUAUCUUGCAAAGGCUUCACACCGAAGAGAUACUGGUGACUGCGCAGGAAGUGUGUAGCACAUGGUGGAGAGUCUGCAAGAAUCCGAACAUGUGGCGCAUCAUGGAUUUGGAUCAUGAACAUUGUCGUCGGUAUGGGCUCAAAGAAUUUAAGAACAUUUGUCGUUGCGCAGUUGAUCUUAGCCAGGGGAAAUUGGUCGAGCUAAAGCUGACCGGUUUAGCAGUGGAUUUGUCGAUAAACUACGCAACCGAGCGAUCAAGUCAGCUGCGAUGCCUGACACUAUCAGAGUCUCAAAUAAUGGGGUAUGUUUUGCCUGAGGCAAUCAAGAAACUCCCGCGAUUGGAAGAGUUGCACCUCUGCGUGAUGCUAAUCCCUAAUCCCACAGAUUUGGAAACCAUUGGCAUUUCUUGCCCAAUGUUGAAAUCAUUCACAUAUAGAAACCAUUGGGUUGUGAAUCUAGACGUUUCAGAGCAUGUCGUAGCAAUUGGGAAAACCAUGCCUAAUCUGCAUCAUCUCCAACCUUGUGGAAAGUGGAUAGAAAAUAGGGGACUAGAAGCAAUUCUGGAUGGAUGCCCCCACCUCGAAUCACUUGAUCUUGGGAGAUGCAAAGGUCUUGAUAUGCAAGGUGCUUUAGUCAAAAGAUGUUUCGAGCAAAUAAAAGAUCUGAGGCUCCGUCCUGUGUCUCCACCCUCUAUCAGCUAUCAAGAUGGGGAUUAUGACAGUGAUUCGUCAUAUUAUGAUAUCUACAGUUCCAGUGAUAGCGAUGAAGAAAAUGAUAGUAUUCAUUAUGAAUAUAAUUAG